CCUCAGAAUACGGCGUCUAGGAUGGCACGCGCAAAUUGGUGUUCGUCACUUUCAUUCUGCUUCCCUUUCACGCUCGAAUCUGCAGUGCAAGUCAGCGGGUCUGAUAGAUAUUCGACAAAACAACGUAAAUCAAUAAGCAGUCAAGGAGGGGCUAGAAAGAAAAACGUACCCAAGUUUCUCCAUCUCUCGGCCAGUCCUCCCACCCUCCCGUUCCCGUCAGCAACGCUCGCCCAAACUUUUCCGAAUAG